AAGAUAAAGGUCAUUUUUAACAGAUCAGAUUAUGUUGGUGUUGAUCAUUUAUUUAAUUAUGGAGAGAAAAUGAAGUGUUCUUCUGUCACGGCUGAGGUUGGUUCAUCUGGGGAUGGAGACAAUAAAAAGCGUCUAAUUCUGACCGUCUUUGGUUGAAAGUCAGACAAGUUGGGGCAGAGCUGAAGGUGUGGCUGUAGGCUGAGGAGGAAACUUCCAGCUCCUCGUCACGGCUGGAGCUCCUGUAUGUCAGGAGGAGGAGGAGGAGGAGGCGAAUGAGGAAGAGCAGAGCUGAAGACAAAGCUGGACUUGCUUCCUGGUCGAUGAGCUGAGGUGUUUGUGGAUCACAGCCGUCAGUUGGAGGAUUGUGGAGGAAUGUGCGGGGCUGCUACGGAGGAAGCGGAGUAACUGCGGACGGAGAAGAGGUAAACAGGCGCAGCUGACCUGCGACCUCAGGCAGCGUGAAGCCUUCAGACUGAAAAUCAGCUUCCAUUCAGUCCGAUAAACUCAGCAGCUGCUAAAAUCUGACCCUCUGUGGCUUUAAAAGCCAAUAAAACCGGUACUAUUCAAUCUUUUUAACGAGUCUUUUCAGCUGAGAAGUAAAAACAGAUGACACAAGUUCUCAGGUGAUCCGGUUCUGGUUUCAGGUGUGUAGUCCUGGAUCAACGUCUCUGGGAAAAACAGUAACAGAGUUUUCUUUUAUCACCAUUUCCAUCACUUUUCAUACAUCACAUACCCAACAACCAUGCGUAGAUUCAGCUCUGAGGGAUCCCUCCUGGAUCUGGAUUUCCUUCCAUGGAAAAAGAUGGGACUUAAGAACCCAGAUCACCAGAAGAACCCGGAGUCUGCCAUCUACAUACCUCAACUGGGGUUUGAUGGCUCUAACAGAGAGUCAGUGGGCUUGACCCCCACCAUUCAGGAGCCAAACAUGAGUUGCAGUGAGGUGAGCAGUAAAGAGCUGAACAAGGAGCAGAGCUUCAGUGCAGAGAACCUGGAAAAGCUGGAGAGACUGGAACAGAACCGCCUCAGAGUGUGUGCUAUCAGUGAAGGCUGCAGGGCAUACAGUGACAGCCAGCUGUCGCCGGCCGCCCAGAACAGCACUGCGUGUGUGGCGAAAAAAGACCUUCCUCUUCCUCCAUCUCCAUCAUCCUCCUGCAACUCCUCCUGCUUUAACUUCCAGCAUGGCCACCAGGAUAGACCCCGCCUGUCCACCGCCAAGCUGCACCUCAAGAGCCUGUUUGGACAGAGUCCUCACUCCUCACACUCCAACCUGCUUCAUGCAGAUCAGAAGGACAGUGCUAGAGAGAGAAGGUCUCGUAUGCUCUUCAUGCGUCAGUGGAGUCAAGUGGGCCACAGUAAGAAGAGGAAGAUUGGUCGGGAUGAGCUGGAAAAGUGGGCUGAGUCCUUAAAUUCUCUGCUGGCCAGCAACACUGGUGUGUCGGUGUUUGGAGCAUUCCUGCGUUCUGAGUUCAGCGAGGAGAAUCUGGAGUUCUACCUGGCCUGUGAGCAGUAUAAACAAUCCUCUAACAACUUCAGCCUGCAGAGGAGGGCUAAAAACAUCUGUACUACUUACAUCCUGCCUGGAGCCCCCCGGGAGGUGAACCUGGACAGUAAGAUCAGAGAUUUGACCAUCCAGAUGCUGCAGGCGCCCUCGCGCAACUCUCUGCUCCACGCUCAGAAACGCAUCUACUCGCUGUUGGACACUGACUGUUACCCACGCUUCCUGCAGUCCAGCAUCUACCUCUCCUUACUGCAGGAGGACGACUAGACAAGCGCCUUGCGACUGCAGACAGUUUAACAGCUGCUGUGCUGAUGGCGGUUGGACUCUGUUAGACACCUGAUCAAGUGGUGAACAUUUUAACCUGUCUUGUUUAAAAAUAAAAUGUUUUCUGAAGAAACUGCUGCUAAUAAAUUUUAUGAAAACUUGAGAUCUAUAUAAACAUAUAUAUAUAUAUAUAUAU